AUGCAGUUUACCGAUGCGGAAGCCGCCGAUGUAAAGAAAUGGGUGGUCAAAAAACUCGAGGACAUCUCUGAUGCAGACUCGGAUGUGCUUGCAGACUAUGUUUUAGCGCUAGUGAGGUCUGAUGCGCCGGCCGAGGAAAUCAAAAAGGUCUCGGUGGAAAACUUGGAGGACUUCCUGCGCGAACAUACGCAGUCAUUUGUCAACGAGCUCUUUACAACCUUCGGCCCUAAACAACCUGCGCCUCCGCCCGCACCUGCACCCCAGCCUCAGCGCCAGCCCGAACCCGCUGCCCAUAUUCCCUCGUCACAGCCUCCUGAGAAUGCUCCCAGCGGCCCGAGGGCUGCUGUCACCCCCGGCAGUGCCAAUCGCAAACGAACUUUUAAUGAGGGAUUCCAAGGGGAGUCGGAGCACGACGAUGGUGGGUUCCAAAAUCGUGCCAUGAAGACUGCACGGCGUGGCGGUCGCGGCGGCGCUCGCGGCGACUUCAUGGGUGGGCAUCAGAUGCAACUAGGUCAACAAUACCCCGCACAACAGCAAGGCCAACCGUUCUCACUGCAGCAACAAGGCCAGCAAUUUCCUCCACAACAGCAGGGCCAACAGUUUCCUCUGCAGCAGCCUGGCGGCUUCCCGAUGAUGCCCGGUUUCCCGCCGUUCGACCCGAACGAUCCUAUGGCAGCAAUGAUGGCUAUGCAAGGCAUGGGAUUCCCGCAGAUGCCGGGUAUGCCUAUGCCCGGGAUGCCUGGUCCUCCCGGCCAGCCAGGAGUCGAUCAAAUCCCACAAAGCAACCAGCGAUGUCCGUUCUAUGAUACCCAAGGUAUUUGUUACUUAGGAAAUACUUGCCCCUAUCAGCACGGCGAGGGAGGUGCCUCCAAAGACGAUGAAUAUGACCCCAAGACUGCGGGCAUGCAUGCACAGCGAGGCGGUGCUCCUAUGCGUGGUGAUCGUGGCCGCGGCCGUGGGCGCGGCGGAUUCAGCGGACGCGGACGUGGCCGAUCCGACUUCUCAUCGGCAGGACCUAAUGAGGACCAGUCUAUUACGACGAUUGUUGUCGAGCAGAUUCCUGAUGACAAGUUCAACGAGGAUUCUGUGCGCGAGUUCUUUUCUGAGUUUGGCAACAUUACCGAGGUCACUCUGCAACCCUACAAAAAGAUUGCUUUGAUCAAAUACGAGACUUUCCCCGAGGCCAAGGCCGCGUGGUCCAGCCCCAAGGUCAUCUUCGAUAACCGUUUCGUGAAGGUUUACUGGUACAAACCGAAUCGCGAGGAAAAGCACGAGAGCACACAACCUGAGGCCCCAGCAUUCAACCAAGAAGAGUUUGAGAAGCAACAACAAGAAGCACAGAGGGUACACGAAGAGAAAAUGAAGAAGCGACAGGAGACCGAAGCGGCCAAGCAGGCUCUAGAGCGCCAGCGCGACGAACUUCUUAAGAAACAGAACGCGGAGCGGGCUCGUCUCAUGCAGCGGCUUGGGGGUACAGCAGAUAUGAGCGAUGCGGCCGACUCCGGGGACGCCAUGUCUGUCGAGCCUGCUGCCGAUGAGAAUAUCAGUGAGGAGACGAAAAAACUCCGGGCUCAGUUGGCGGCCCUCGAGGCUGAGGCAAAGAGCCUUGGCCUCGACCCUGCGGCUGAUCCUUCUGGACGCGGUGGAUACCGAGGUCGUGGAGCCUUCCGCGGCCGAGGCACAUACCGUGGACGCGGUGGUUAUGACCCCAAUUUCCGCGGAGGUUAUCGCGGGCGUGGCGGAUUUGCGGCUCGGGGACGAGGAGGUGUGCUGCGUCUGGAUAACCGGCCUCGACGGGUCGCUGUAUCGGGGGUUGAGCUUAACUCAGACAAGGACGAAGCAUUGCGUCAACACCUGAUGGGCGUUGGCGAAUACGAAUCUAUUGAGGCACACCCAGAUCAGCCCAACACCGUCAUAGUGGCAUUCAAAGAGCGCUUCCAGGCCGAGAAGCUCAUGUUCUCUCCCUGGAACAUCCCAUCUGUGGGCGAGGUUCAGCUCACUUGGGUGGCCAACCCUCCCAUUGCACUUCCCGCCGCUGGGUCAUCGACGGAUUUCAAGGGUGGUCUUGGACAGGACGAACCGGAAGACACAGUCAUGUCGUCUUCGUCGGUGAGCAACACCGCUCCUGCGCGGGAUAUGGACUACGACGUUGCGGAAGAUGACCGCUGGGGCGCGUAA